UUUUUAUAUAAACAUGCUAAUGAUCACCGGUACGAGAUAACCUCUCGGUUACAGGAACCUGAAUUGUCUGGUUACCCGUUUGAUAGAUAUCGGACGGUAGUAUUAACGCCAUUUGAUUAUGUGGGUUAUCUUAUCUAAGGCAGGCCGACCGAUCGAUAUAUCGGACACCAUGUUUGGGACCAUUUUAAUGACGUUGACAUGUUGUGCCGUCUUUGUAGUUGUUGUUUGUAUUCAAUAAAUACCGGCGAAAAUCUGCGACUAACGGAUUGGAACCAACGCUAUGUAUUGGUCACGGGCUGUGAUUCAGGUUUCGGACGCCUUCUUGCUCACACAGCUUGACAAGGCAGGAGUGCAUGUAUUCGCUGGAUGUCUCAACAAGAAAUCCGAGAUAGGACUGAAACAGAAAUGCUCCAAAAGAUUAAAACCUAUUUCUCUAGAUGUGACGAAUGAAAAGUCGAUUGCAGAAGCAGUAGAGUACAUGGCCAAUACCAUUCCUGAAGGUCAAGGUCUCGGAGGAUUGGUAAACAAUGCAGGCAUAUUUCCAAUCUCGGCUCCACUGGAGUGGCUCACCAAGGACGAUUACAAUCUGACGUUUGCCGUCAACCUUCACGGCGUCAUCAGCGUCACCACGGCUUGCCUUCCACUCCUCCGUGAAGGAGCUGGAAGGGUGGUUAGCGUAUCAAGCGAUGCAGCAUUGUUCGCCUGGCCAGGAGGUUGUGCCUACAACGUAACCAAGUGGGGUGUGGAAGCAUUCACGGAUACGUUCAGGCGGGAGUUCUACAACACUGAUAUGUCCGCACACCUUAUUCAGCCCGGCGCUUUCCAGACCUCGAUUGUUUUACCGGAAAUGAUGGCGAAGAAGUUUCGAGACCGUUACGUCAGUCUUCCAGACAAGAUCAGCAAAUAUUACGGAAGUAAAUUUGUGAAUCAAUGGAGAGAAAAUAUACUAAACCUGCCUAACAUCCAAGACACAGAUUUAUCGAAGGUCACCGAUGCAAUGUCGCACGCGCUGUUUGCUAUGUAUCCGCAUGCGCGGUACCGCGUGGGGUAUGAUUGCCGCUUUAUGUGGUGGCCCCUUUCAAUUGGCUCCUUUGUGGUUCUCGGAUUGGCUGUACAGCCUACCUCGUACAGAUUUAAGGUAGCUGUUGAAAUUAAUUUGUUUAAAUCCAAUUAAAGGAAGUUUCAUUAUUUUAAAUGAA